AUGUUCGGUGGAGAUCUUGACGACGAUGUUGAUAACCGUUACGAUGAGGACAUGGACGACGACAUGGCCAAUGUCGAUGUAGGGGACGAUGAGGAGGAGGAGAUGGAAGAGGAGCCGGAGGGUGAAGAUGAAGAUGCCAUCUCUCCUGAGCUUUGGCAGGUAAGGUUUUUGGUUUUUUUGAAAGACAGGGCUUAUAAUCUUUUAAGAAUAUGGUGAAAGGUUAUUCUCAAUUGUAAAAUUAAUAGUUUUGAAGCCAGAGAACUUUGUUUUACAUUAAACUAUGUUGUUAUAUCUAGCUGACAAGCAGAUUUCAUAACUUGAAUUUUAGGAAGCAUGUUGGGUGGUAAUCUCUGCGUAUUUUGAUGAAAAAGGUUUGGUACGACAACAGUUGGACAGUUUCGAUGAAUUUAUUCAAAUGAUCGUUCAGAGGAUCGUUGAAGAUUCACCUCCAGUUGAACUUCAGAGUGAAAGUCAGAACUUUGGUGGUAAGUUGUUUUAUUUGUAAUUUUUUUGUUUUUAGGUCCGUAUUUUACCUUAUAAACAUUUAGUUGAAUCUGAAUUCGAAGUGUUGGAAAGCUAUUUUAGUUUAAAAGCUUUAAAUUGGGAAAAUUCCUCAAAUUACCUUGUUUUAGGUGAUAUCGAGCAGCCGACAAUGUUUUCUCUAAAAUUCGGCCAAAUUUAUCUCUCCAAACCAACACAUUGGGAAAAGGACGGAGCACCGACCGGUAUGAUGCCUAAUGAAGCUCGUUUGAGAAACUUAACUUACUCGUCACCACUUUAUGUUGAUAUUUCGAAGACGGUAACUCGUCCAGGACAAGAACCAGAAGAAACCAGAUACAACAAGAUUUUCGUCGGUAAAAUCCCAAUCAUGUUGAGAUCGUCGUAUUGUAUGUUGGCUAACAUGAAUGAUCGUGAUUUGACCGAGCUGAAUGAAUGUCCUUUGGAUCCUGGAGGUUAUUUUGUUAUCAACGGGUCUGAGAAGGUGUUGAUCGCUCAAGAAAAGAUGGCUACCAACACUGUUUAUGUUUUCAGUGUUAAGGAUGGUAAAUAUGCGUACAAAACUGAAUGUAGAUCUUGCUUGGAGAAUUCGAGGUGAGAUUUUGGGGGAGUUUAUAUUAUUUAGGUUAUUAUGUUGGAAAAGUCGAUAUUAACCGCGUUAUCUUUGAACUUUUUUUUGAUUUUGUGAUAAGUGUAUUAACCUUAAAUGGUUUAAAGUAGAAGUAAAGGAUUAGAUAUAUUCUAAAAAUCUUCAAGUCUAUGUUAGAAUGAAUGAAUUAUAUUAUCCAUGACAUCUUUUAAUAAUAUUUCUUUAGUCGACCAGCUUCAACUCUCUGGGUCAACAUGAUGGCCAAAGGUGGUAAACAAGGAACCAAAGCUUCGAUGGGACAACGAAUGAUUGCCAUUCUGCCCUACAUUAAACAAGAAAUCCCUGUUAUGAUCGUAUUCAGAGCUCUGGGAUUCGUUUCUGAUUUGGACAUUUUGGAGCAUAUUAUCUACGAACAAAACGAUCCGGAAAUGGUGGAAAUGGUCAAGCCGUCCUUGGAUGAGGCUUUCGUAAUUCAAGAACAACAAGUUGCUCUCAACUUUAUUGGUGCCAGAGGAGCGAAGCCUGGUGUCACGAAGGAACAGAGAAUCAAGUAUGCCAAGGAGAUUCUGCAGAAGGAAAUGUUACCUCACGUGGGGGUUUCUGAACAUUGUGAAACGAAAAAGGCGGUGAGUUGGUGGAUAUGGAUUGUACUGCAAUAUUGUUGGUAGAAAAAGUUUGAAAUUAUGCUAUUUUAGUUAUUUUUGGUGACUUUUUGGCCUAAAAUUGUGAUUUUUGGCUUAAAAUAGCAAUUUUUUGAGGUUUCGUUGCUAUUUUUUUGAAAAAUGUAGUGCGUUUUUAAAAAAUAUUGCCUAAAAUAAUAUUUUCAGUACUUUAUCGGCUACAUGGUUCAUCGUCUCCUCUUGGCCGCAUUAGGUCGCCGAGAAUUGGACGAUCGUGAUCAUUUAGGCAACAAGCGUCUUGAUCUAGCCGGCCCUCUCCUCGCUUUCCUGUUCCGUUCCCUGUUCAGGAAUCUGAUGAAAGAAGUCCGGCUUCUAGCCCAAAAGUACAUUAAUCAGAAGCACGACUUCAACCUCGACGUGUGUGUCAAAACAACUACAAUCACUCGUGGUCUGGCCUACUCUUUGGCCACUGGAAACUGGGGCGACCAGAAGAAGGCACAUCAAGCUCGAGCUGGAGUGUCACAAGUACUGAACAGACUGACAUACACAGCUACAUUGUCUCACUUGAGAAGAGCCAACUCACCGAUUGGCAGAGAAGGCAAACUGGCCAAGCCUCGACAACUUCACAACACUCAAUGGGGCUUCGUAUGUCCGGCUGAAACCCCGGAAGGACAGGCUGUGGGGUUGGUGAAGAACCUGGCUUUGAUGGCCUAUAUCUCGGUCGGAUCGCUGCCUGAACCGAUUCUGGAGUUUUUGGAGGAAUGGAGUAUGGAAACGUUGGAGGAGGUUAGGAUAAUAUAAUUGAAAAAUGUGUAGAUUGUUAUUAGGUUGUUCACAUAAUUCUGUGCCCUUUUCAAAGCAAGUUUUCGGGGUUAGGCACAGAAUUAUUUGGACAACCUAAUAUCAUUUCAUGUUUUUUAAAUGCAAUGUUCACAAUGCAUACUUAGACCUACUAUAACAUACCUUCAGGUCAGUCCCUCAGCCAUUUGUGAUGCCACCAAGAUCUUCGUCAACGGAGCCUGGGUGGGAGUUCACCGUGACCCCGACCUCCUCAUGAAGACCUUGCGGAAGCUACGAAGGCAAAUGGACAUUAUCGUAUCCGAAGUGUCCAUGGUCCGUGACAUCCGUGACCGCGAAAUCAGAAUCAACACUGACCCGGGCCGUGUCUGUCGACCGCUACUCAUCGUGGAAUCCGAAUCUCAAGAGUUGAGGUUGAAGAAGAGCCACAUUGAUUCGUUGAAGGACAGAGAAGGAAACAGUUUCACCUGGUCGGAUCUGGCUGCUAGUGGCGUGGUCGAACUGAUUGAUGCCAUGGAGGAAGGUAAGGGAGGAUUUGGGGGAAUUUAUAGCUUAAUAUUGAGGUAUAAAUGGUUAUUUUAGGCUUAAUGGGCUUAUGUUGAGGUAUUUUGUCAUUUUUUUACUUAAAUAUCAAAAAAUGAAGCCGUUUCUUAUUAAAAAUCUACCUUAAUUUUGAGAAAUAAAGCUAUUUUAUGUUAAUAUAAAGCUAAAAUUAGCUUAAAGCCCACCUUAAUAUCAGAAAAUCAACCAUUUUACCUUCAGAAACCUCCAUGGUAGCCAUGACUCCAGAAGACAUCAAAGCCGGCGGCUACUGCGAUACCUACACCCACUGCGAGAUCCACCCAGCCAUGAUCCUGGGCGUUUGCGCCUCCAUCAUCCCAUUCCCCGAUCACAAUCAAUCCCCACGUAACACCUACCAAAGUGCUAUGGGUAAACAAGCCAUGGGCGUAUACACAACCAACUUCCAUGUUCGUAUGGACACCUUGGCUCACGUACUCUACUAUCCACAGAAACCAUUGGUAACAACAAGAUCCAUGGAAUACCUACGUUUCAAUGAGUUACCAGCUGGAAUUAAUGCGAUUGUGGCUAUCUUGUCUUACACUGGGUAUAAUCAGGAGGAUUCGGUCAUUAUGAACUCGUCCGGUAUCGAUAGAGGAUUGUUCAGAUCGGUAAGGUGGCUAUGAAGGCCCAAAAACCAUUUUAUUGUAGCCAAAAAGCCUUGAAAAUGAUCUUAUUUUAGCUACUAACGCUUAAAAAUUAUUUUGUUUUAAAUAAAAAGGCUUAAAAACUACCUUAUUUUAGCCAAACCACCCUAAAACCGACCUUAUUUUAGGUGUUCUACCGUUCCUACCGUGAUCAAGAAGCCAACCUCGAGUACGGAAACCCGGAAAUCAUCGAAAAACCAACCAGAGAGAACUGCUCCGGCAUGAGACACGCCGCUUACGAAAAACUCGACGACGACGGUAUCAUAGCGCCCGGAGUGAGAGUAACCGGUGACGAUGUUAUCAUAGGCAAAACAAUCAGUGUCCCAGACGAAGAAGAUACCAACAGUACCACGAAAAAAUACACCAAGCGAGACUCGUCGACUUUCUUGAGGUAGGGAAUGGCUUUUGCGAUAGUUUUUGGGAAGAAAUGAUGACGGAUUGAGUUUUAAUGGUUUUCGUGGUGGGACCUAGAGAGGUUUGAAAAUUUGGGAUUUCGGGUUUUAAAAUGGGAUAAAUUAGUUAUUAAUUCUAUUAUUAUAGUCCUUGAUUUAUGAAAAAUAGAUUUUUUAGACUAAUUUAUACUUGUUGAGGUUUUCGUGAUGGGACCCAAAUUUAAAAUUAUUUUUGGCUUUUUUGAAGCUUUGGCAAUUGUAAACUAGUUUUAAAGGCCUGUUAUCUAUUUUCAAAGUCAUUUUACUAUGUUAAACUCAAAGUUUUCUAUUUCAGGUCCUCCGAAACAGGUGUAGUAGAUCAAGUGAUGUUGACCGUGAACACGGACGGUAACAAGUUCAUCAAGAUCCGAGUACGAUCAGUCCGUCUACCUCAAAUCGGAGACAAGUUUGCGUCACGGCACGGUCAGAAAGGUACGAUGGGUAUGAUGUACCGACAGGAAGAUAUGCCCUUCACGAGAGAAGGUAUUACUCCAGACAUUAUCAUCAAUCCUCACGCUGUACCAUCUCGUAUGACAAUUGGUCACUUGAUUGAAUGCUUGCAGGGCAAGGUAAGAUAUUAAUAAUAGUAAUUGUUUGAGGUUUUGAGAGGGUUUUGUGGCAAUUUUGGACUUGUUAUGGCAUGGUUAAUAUAAGUUUUUGGUCAAAAAUGAAGUUUUUUGGCAAAAAUUUUGAAAAAAGACGGGAGAAAGUUAUGAUAAGUAGUAUGAUAACGGCCAAAACAUGGUUUUUUAACUAGAAAAUUGUAGUAUAAAGCCAAUUGUUUCAGUUAUCAGCUAACAAGGGUGAAAUCGGUGAUGCCACACCCUUCAACGAUACAGUAAAUGUGCAGAAGAUCAGCACUUUACUAUCGGAGUACGACUAUCAACUGAGAGGCAAUGAAAUCAUGUACAAUGGACACACGGGCAGAAAACUGACCACUCAAAUCUUCCUCGGCCCAACCUACUAUCAAAGACUGAAGCACAUGGUGGAUGAUAAGAUUCACUCCAGAGCCAGAGGACCGGUUCAAAUGAUGAAUCGACAGCCUAUGGAGGGUCGUGCCAGGUAAGAGGGCUAUUUGUUUUGAGGGUAUUGGGGCUUAAAUUUCGUUUUUUGGUUUUCACUUGAUUGAAAUUGAAAAAUGACAAUGACUUUUUUUAACAAAGUUGAAAUAGCAGGAACUUUCUUUACAGCGCGAUGGUCUUGGGCCCUUAAAAUUGAAAAGGUUUUUUUAUAUUGUAGUAGCCUAAAAAUAUCAAAAAUUAAUUCUUAAGACUUUCUCCAUAUUGUACUAAAUUAAAAUUCAAAAUUUUUCAGAGAUGGAGGUCUUCGUUUCGGUGAAAUGGAACGUGAUUGUCAGAUUUCUCACGGUGCAGCUCAAUUCCUAAAGGAACGUCUAUUCGAAGUGUCAGAUCCGUACCACGUGUACGUCUGUAACCUCUGUGGUCUGGUCGUGGUAGCCAAUCAACGCACCAAUCAAUUCAAUUGUCAAGCAUGCCAAAACAAGACCCAAAUCUCUGCGGUCAGAAUCCCAUACGCUUGCAAACUGUUGUUCCAGGAGCUUAUGUCUAUGUCAAUUGCUCCUAGGCUUAUGACUAUUGCUUAG